AUGGCUGUCGAUGAAGUUGCACGUUCUCUGCAAAUUAGUCUUGGUUUUACAUACGAAAUCAUUCCCAACAAGCUUCGUGCCAGAUGGGCUCCAAGAGAACUUAUUGAAGCCAUGAGCGCAAUCGUGUUGAGCUCUGUCAACGCUUACUCAACCGCUACAACGAUGAAAGUGAAGCUUUUGUUUGAGAGAAUAUUCACACAAGAUGAGACAUGGCUCCAUCAAUUUGAGCCAGAAUCCAAAAGGCAGAGUAUGGAGGUGAAACAUUCAGAAUCACUAGCGAAAAAGAAAUUCAAGACUCAACCGUCCCCAGGAAAAAGUGAUACGAACCUUUUUGGAGAAUACUGGAACGUUACCUGA